AUGAGUGUCAUAUUUUGCCGCUUUCAUGACGACAUCAAAUCCAUUUGGAUUUUGAACGGGGACAACAAAGAAGCACCAAAGAAGGGAGACAAAGGGUGGUGUGUGAAACUCGCACUCACAGCAGAGAAGGAUGACAUCAUCAAGGCAACACUCAAACUAAAACUAUUUGAGAAGGAGUCGAGACGUUCUCAAACUAGGUGA